GCCUCCCAAAGUGCUGGGAUUACAGGUGUGAGCCACCAUACCCGGCCCAGAUAGGUUGAUCUUAUAACAAUCCAAAAACAAAUGUCAUAGUCAAGAUUUGGUAGAUAGAUUUAAAACUAAAAUAUUCUGCCGUUGGAAGUGAAAUGCGAUAGCACAUACAUGGACGGUAUGCAUUUAGAGAUGUUAUAAAAAUGUAUUGGCAGUAUACAUAGCACUACUCAAGAAGCCAAAGAAACACUUGUGCAGUGCUAUGUGUCACAUGUCUGCUUCUGCCAGAGGCUAGGAAUAGUGAUCCUGCUAUAAUGUGAGAACCUGAAUCAUGUUUGUAAAAUAGGAGGCUGGGAGCAGUUCCAGGCCACAGUGAAGUGUGUUGCUUCUGUCACUUUAUAUUCUUAUAUUUCCUUUCCCUCAGACAAUCAACUGUUGAUACCUGUACUUGUAAAAAGUUGUAAGGCAAUUUUUAGGGUUGUUGUCAAAGAAAAGCUUGAAUUACAUUAACAUUUGUACUCAGCCUUUUAGGCAAUACCCCAGAGGGGGCUGGGAAUUGUCUCUUUGUUCCUAUGAUAAGCAGAUCUUACUGUAAAAUAGUAAAUGUCCAUUGAAAAGCGAGUAAUACAACCUGUGCUAACUGGGAGCACUUGAACAAUUUUGUUCCAUUCUGAAUAACUUUUCAGCAAGUAAUUCUAAGCUUUUGUCUUAUUUCCUUGUGUAAAAUUGCUACCAUCAUUUUUACCCUAUUUGAUUUCUUAAGUAAAGAUGUUUGUUCAAGAAAAAAAAAAAAAAAAAAGAAUAGAGAGGGUAGAUUGGACCAGGUCCUGAGGAUCCAAUUUGGUGGGGAAGUCUAAAGGUGAUUGCCUGCUAGCUAUGUGGUGAGGGAGGAGAGAGCUGAUACUUGGGGUUCAGACCAUAGGUGGAGCCAUAAGCCGGGACGCCUACUUUAGAAAGGCGCAGACCUGCCAUAGGAAGGAUUUUGUCCUCUGCCUAGAAAAAGGGAGGCGUGGAUGGGAUAAGGAAUGGGCUUGGGAUGGAGACUAAGGUUUGAGAUGGUUUAUAUUCUGCACCUACAGGUUUGGCUGACCCUCAGGGCCACUCUUUGUGGGAAAAGAAAAAAGUUAUCCAGGCUAGUGGAGCAGCUGGGUUCUAAACUAGGGCACUGCUUUUUCUCCCUCUCCACAUAGCAGGGCAAGAUUGGAUGAUCUACUGCCCCAGUCAAGGUCUCCCAGCAAGCUCCCCUCAGAGCCUUAUAUAACAGGCAGUCCUGGUUGCAGAGAGGACCAGUAGCUGACCUACCUGCUCAGCCCUUCCCUACAACUCAUUAAGAAUAUAUGAAACACUUAUUGGUGUAAGCACUAACCAGUGUCCUUCUAAAUGUGUACACAUAGGCAGUUAGAAGUGAAGCUAUUCAUUGAGCUAAAUUCCUGCAAACACUACGUAAUUGAUUUGACCCAAAUUUGCCUAUAAUUAUCAACAUACCAUGGAAAAUUUUAGUAUCCUCUAAAAUUUUAAAAGCUAAAAAUAUACACCUCAGUUUUUGAAAUUCCACUACAUCAUUUAUACUGAAAACAUAUAGUAAACCAUUAAUCCAAGAACACUAAUAGCUGAUAUGUAUGAUGAGCUACGAAUGUUUGACACCGGUAAGAGUCCUAUGAGGUGGGAGCCAUUCUUACAACCUAUUUACAGAUGACAGCACUGAAGCUCCAGCAGGUUUACUUCUUUUCUAGAGUCACAGUGCUGCUGAGAGCCAACACUGAAGUCUGAGGAGCUGAGUUUAUACAAUCAAUUUGAGAUCAGUUUGCUUUAGGGGUCCCCUGGCGAUGGCAGAAAUGAACCCUGCACAGGGCCGUGUGGUCUUUGAGGACGUGGCCAUAUAUUUCUCCCAGGAGGAGUGGGGGCACCUUGAUGAGGAUCAGAGAUUGCUGUACCGCGAUGUGAUGCUGGAGAAUUUGGCCCUUUUGUCCUCACUAGGUUGUUGCCAUGGAGCUGAGGAUGAGGAGGCACCUUUAGAGCCAGGUGUUUCUGUAGGAGUGUCACAGGUCAUGGCUCCAAAGCCCUGUCUAUCUACCUGGAAGACCCAGCCCUGUGAGACAUGUAGCUCACUUCUGAAGGACAUUCUGCGUCUGGCUGAGCAUGACGGAACACACCCCGAGCAGGGACUGUACACGUGUCCAGCACAUCUUCACCAGCACCAAAAGGAGCAGAUUAGAGAGAAACUUUCUAGAGCGGAUGGAGGAAGACCGACAUUUGUGAAGAACCACAGAGUUCACACAGCAGGAAAGACCUUCUUGUGCAGUGAAUGUGGGAAAGCCUUUAGCCACAAACAUAAACUUGCUGACCAUCAGAAAAUCCACACUGGAGAAAGACCUUACAAGUGCAGCAAAUGUGGGAUAUUGUUUAUGGAAAGGUCCACACUCAAUAGACAUCAGAGAACUCACACUGGAGAAAGGCCUUAUGAGUGCAAUGAAUGUGGGAAGGCCUUUCUUUGUAAGUCUCACCUUGUUCGUCACCAGACAAUCCACUCUGGAGAAAGGCCUUAUGAGUGCAGUGAAUGUGGGAAAUUGUUUAUGUGGAGUUCCACACUCAUUACACAUCAGAGGGUUCACACUGGAAAGAGGCCUUAUGGUUGCAGUGAAUGUGGGAAGUUCUUUAAGUGCAACUCAAACCUCUUUAGGCAUUAUAGGAUUCAUACAGGAAAAAGGUCUUAUGGUUGCAGUGAAUGUGGGAAAUUCUUUAUGGAAAGGUCUACACUCAGUAGACAUCAGAGAGUUCACACUGGAGAAAGGCCUUAUGAGUGCAAUGAAUGUGGGAAAUUCUUUAGCUUGAAAUCCGUCCUCAUUCAACACCAAAGAGUUCACACUGGAGAACGGCCUUAUGAAUGCCGUGAGUGUGGGAAGGCCUUCCUUACAAAGUCCCACCUCAUUUGUCAUCAGACAGUUCACACUGCAGCAAAGCAGUGCAGUGAAUGUGGGAAAUUCUUUAGGUAUAACUCCACACUUCUCAGACAUCAGAAAGUCCACACUGGAUAAGGCCCUUAUGAAUGCAGUGGAUGUGGGAAAGCCUUCAGUCACCAACAUAUUGUGGCUGGACAGCAGGCAGUACACACUGGAGAAAGACUUGAGUGCUGUGAAUGUGGGUAAUUAUGUAGGUACAGCUCUCCAGUCGCUAUGUAUCAGAGAAUUCACACUGCAGAAAUGUGUGUUCAGCAAACUUGGAACAUUAUUUUGGUUUGACUCUCAUCUCAUUAGACAUUAGAGAGUUUACACUGAAGAAGAGUCUUUUCAAUAAAGUAGAAAGUGGUAAAGAUUCAACAUGCAAGAUUGUACUUAUUGGGCUUCAGAAUAUCCACACUAGUGAAAGUCUUCUGAGUACGGCAAAUGUGUGACAUUAUUUUGCUACUACUUCACACUUCUUGGACACCAUGCAGUUCACACUGGAAAAAGGCCACAUAUGUGCCUUGAAUGUAGCCAAGAUGAUGAACAACACCCAGAAAUCUCUGAUUUAGCACUGAGAACUAGUAUUAUAUGGUUUUUAAAAAACAGUGGUAAAGUACAUGCCACAUAAAAUUUGCCAUCUUAACUAUUGUAAUGUCCUGUUUAAUACUUGAAGUACAUUGACAUUGUUGAGCAAAGAAUAUCCUGAACUCUUUAUCUUGUAAAAUGAAACUCUAUAAACCAUUAAAUAACAACUCAUUUCCACAUUUCUUCCAUCCCUGGCAACCACCAUUCUAUUCUUAAGUCAUGAAUCUGACUAUUCUUGGUACUUCACAGAAGAAGAAUCUUAGAGUGUUUUUCAUUAUUUUUUUUCACUUAGGAUAAUAUCCUCAAAGUUCAUCCAUUUUUUAGCAUGUGCCAGAAAUUUUAAGGCUGAGCAAUAUUUCAUUGUUUGCAUUUACCACAUUUCCUUUAUUUCUGACAUCUAUUCAUGGACACUUGGGUUACUUCUACCUCUGGCUAUUGUGAAUAUUGCUACUACAAGCAUAAGGGCACAAAUAUCUCUUCAAGACCCUGCUUUCAAUUCUUAUUGGGUACCCAAAAAAGUGGAACUGCUGGAUCACAUGGUACUUGUAACUUUAAUUCUUUGACGAACUGAGAAACUUUUCCAUAAAACUUGCACCGUUUUACGUUCCUAACAUUCCACAAAAGUUGUGAUUUGUCCUCAUUCUAAUCCAUAGAAGGCAACAUUUCUAACAAGUUUCUAGGUGAUUUUGUUGUUGCUGAUGUAGGGACUACAUUUUGAGAACUGUCCUAUCCCAUUUUUAUAACAAUGCAGAUAUUCUGUAAAUACCCCUUGUUUCUAUGUUCUAUCCUAUGAGUCUUUUAUUAAUUUUUCCCAAUGUUUGCAACCAGGAAAUAGCUUGUCAUCUUUGAUAUAAAACAGAAAUCU